AGCAAGAAAUGGGUGGCAGAGGCAGACGGAAGCAAGGAAUAGGAAGUGCUGCUUAUAACGGCGGUGAGCCAGCAAGACAGGAUCUUACAAUUCCUGACCAUGCAAGACUUGCAUCAACCCCUGGAUGCACGCCAAGUUCACAUGAUCCUUCCAAUGUCAGCGGCCUAGAUCAAAAACCAGCUAGGCCACAAUCUCCACGGCCUUUAUUUAGAGUCACUCUCUCAUUUCAACCGCUACCCCCUGGAUUCGUGGCACCAAGUCGACCUGCACCAACGCCUCGUCUUCUACCAUUGUUUCCAGAAAGAGAAGUAGAACCGCUAGGCCAGCGAAGUCCAACAUUAGGCCCACCACCUUCCAUUCCAGGUACAUCACAAUUUCUUGCAAGCAGGGAUGACAACGUUGAGAAAUGAUCUCCUUCAUCAGCAAGCAGUUCCAUCACGGGGGUUCAAUAUAUAGUUGCAAUGUAGUGAUAGAUCCAAAGAGGCCAACAAGGCAAACCUGACGAUCCUGACUCAGAUGAAGACAAUAGUUCGUUUCGCUCUCCAGUGCAUUGAUUAAGGAAGAGUAGCUUAU